AUGAGCAGCAGCAAGUGGAACAUCAGGAAAACAUCAGAGAAAGGAGACAAAGAAUGGACGCGACAUCUUCUCGCCACCAAAACUUUGGUGACGGACUCGUCGUUCGCGUUUACAAACACACUCGUCUCUUUACUCGUCCAAUCGAUUCUAAUUGUUCUGUUAUGUUCUUUGAUUGCGUUCGUGUUGACGCUAAAGAAAAAGAGGCAGAGAUACAAGAGAGAAUUGAAAGCGAGAAAAUUAGUGAAAGACAGCAUCAAUGCCGAGUUCACGACGGUCGAAUCAGGUUCGUUCGAGUGGAUUAAUCUUUUGUUGCGACACCAAUACAAGUGCGUUCUGAGUCAAAUUGCGGACGAGCACGCGAAACGCGUGGCGGUUGAUAUUCUUAAAACGGUAAACAAUAAUACCGAUAUUAACGCGGCGGAAAAGAAGAAGAACAAGAAGCAUUCGUUCAUCGGCGAGGUGAGUUUAGAAGAUUUCUCGCUGGGAACGACGCCACCGACCGUUAACUUGUACGUUGCGAGGUACAAUCCCAAAGCGGACUACGUGCAGUUUGAGUGCGAUUUCGAUUGGGAUACGAACGCGUCGCACGCGAGAAUACAAGCACAAAUAAAGCCUGGAAUGUACUUGAAAAGUCUAAACGUCCCAGUCCACAUUACUAACUUAUCCAUCCACGGUAAACUCAUCAUGGGAAUGCGUCUGGUAUCGAGGGAACCGGGCGUUUCCGGCGUCGAUGUGUCCUUCAGAGACACACCCACCGUAGAUGUUUCCGUUUCGCCCAUGGGUCUGCCCGUCUCCGAUAUUCCUGGUUUACACGAUUGGGUCAUUUCAUUCAUCCAAAGCGCGAUACAAAAAGAUUUCGUAGAGCCGAGACGAAUGUACGUAGACGUGGAGCACACGUAUAUGAAAAUUGCAAAGAAGGCGCAGCUCGAAAAUUCAAACGGGAUACUCGUCGUCAGAGUCAUGAAGUGCACGAAUCUCGUAAACAGAAACAUUAGCUUUGGGUACCCGUACGCGUCGAUCUCGUAUCGCGGCCGAAAGGCACGAACGGCUACGAGGCCGUGGUCGAAAAGAAUUGAAUGGGGAUCGAGACAUGAAUUUGAUUUGCCGGCUUUUGAUGACGGCAACGACGACGCCGAGGACAAUGUAAUUAGCAACAACGCGUUGAAUAGGAUAAGUUGCGGGGAAGUGAGCGUCAAAAUACUCGACCGAACGAUAGUUGGAUCGAUCCUCAAAAUCGGGGAAGCGACGUUCAAAGUCAAUCGCUCGAAAGUUGUGAAUGGGAAAAAGUGCGACCGCGAAGCUGGCAUGCAACGCGUAGAUAUAGAUUUAGACGUACACGGAGCGAGCAACCGACACAAAAAAGCACAAAUAACAAUAGAAUGGGAAAUCGUCGAUGCAAAUAUAAACGAGCAACCGACACAACGCGAUUCUUCGGGCGAUAAUAAAUACGAUUCGGACGCAGAAAGCGACGCAAGUGAAGACGCUUUUGACGACGCAGAAAAGACGGGCGUACUUGACGGUGAUUAUGAGGAGGAAAAAGUGAACAACGACGCGACAACGACGAGGACGAUAGAAGACUUCAACAAAAGCGCGUCGUCGAGAGAAAAUGAGAACGCGUCGUCCCUUUUAUCAUCAAGUGGUAAAGCGAUAUCGCCUUCGAGACGACUUUUUCGCGCGACUGGAUCGGAUUUGAUGGACUCGACGCCGACUUCGGCGACGAUUAAAGCGUUUUCAUCCUCGAAUUCUCCCUCGGUCGCGUCGACGACUUCACAUUUGCUGCACACGGCAAAAUUGCAACGCAUGUUGAAGGAUGAACGCGAUCGAUUCAACGAUAAAAUUUUAGAUCUGAAGCAAGAAGUAGAAGACGCGAGGGAAGAAGUCGAAUUAUGGCGAGAGCGUCGAAGCUCCGAGCUACGUCGAGCUAUUCUCGAGGGCGCAGUAUUUAUUUCGCACACGAAAUACAGGAAACUUGGGUUACGAAGAAGGGAGCGAUAUCGCUUUUACUACAACACGACGAAUAAUACUCUGAACUGGACUUCGCCGUCUUCAAAGUUUUGGUUCUUCUCGCAACGACGACAAACUUUAUUAGCCGAGGGUAUCGCUGACGUUCAAACUGGCUUCGACAAUUAUACAAUCGGUCAAAAUAUAGAGAAAAUGACGAGUGGAAAUAAAGGGCGAAUGAAAGCUGAGAGAGCGACGCACGGGUUAAAUCCAAAGCGAUGCUUUUCAAUCAUACUCCGAGAAACGACGGAACACGGGAGACAAAUGCAAGGUAACGAGAACGAGAGCGUUCAAGCGGCGUCAAAGGGCAGCGCAAACGACGCCAGAAACCUUGAAAAAUUGCGCGCGGAACGUUUGUAA